CGGCGUGCGGCGCGCGCCUGACUGACGGAGCUCAUCAUGGCUGAAGGCGGAGACGCGGAGGAUGAGAUCCAGUUCCUGCGCACGGAUGAUGAGGUGGUUCUGCAGUGUGUGGCCUGCAUUCAGAAGGAGAACCGCAAGUUCUGUCUGAGCGCCGAGGGUUUGGGGAACCGCCUGUGUUACCUGGAGCCCACAUCAGAGGCUAAGUAUGUUCCUCCAGAUCUGUGCAUCUGUAGUUUUGUGCUGGAGCAGUCGCUGUCCGUCCGAGCGCUGCAGGAGAUGCUCGCCAAAACCGGACAGAACAACGACCAGUUCAUCAGAAAGGCGGCUCAGAGCGGAGGACACCGGACGUUACUGUACGGCCACGCUGUGCUCCUCAGACACUCCUUCAGCAGGAUGUAUCUGACCUGUUUGAAGACGUCGCGCUCAGUGACGGAUAAACUGUCGUUUGAUGUGGGACUUCAGGAAGACUCGACAGGUGAGGCCUGCUGGUGGACCAUUCAUCCUGCAUCUAAACAGAGAUCAGAAGGGGAGAAGGUGCGGAUCGGAGAUGAUCUCAUACUCGUCAGCGUCUCAUCAGAGCGAUAUCUGCAUCUGUCCAUAUCCAACGGCAGCAUCCAGGUGGAUGUGUCCUUCAUGCAGACGCUGUGGAACGUCCAUCCCACCUGCUCAGGGAGCAACGUGGAGGAAGGAUACCUUCUUGGAGGUCAUGUGAUGCGUCUUUUUCAUGGACACGAUGAGGUUCUGACCAUCCCGGGAUCUGAUCAGAGUGAAGAAGAGCAGAGAUUGGUGAACUAUGAGACAGGUAAAGCCGGAGCAAAAGCCCGAUCUCUCUGGCGGCUGGAGCCACUACGCAUCAGUUGGUGUGGCAGUCACAUCCGCUGGGGUCAGCCGUUCCGUCUGCGUCACCUGACCACCGGUCACUAUCUGGCGCUUACAGAGGACCGAGGCGUCGUUCUGCAGGACAGAGAGAGAUCAGACACCACGUCCACAGCCUUCUGCUUCAGAGCCUCCAAGGAAAAGCUGGAGUGUGGUCUGAAGCGGGACAUCGAGGGGAUGGGAGUGGCCGAGAUCAAAUACGGAGAUUCUCUGUGUUUCUUGAUGCACGUGGCGACGGGUCUCUGGCUGUCCUUUCAGGCACCAGAUGUCAAAUCCGCUCGACUCGGGCCGCUCAAACGCCGGGUGUGUCUUCAUUCAGAAGGACACAUGGACGAUGGUUUGACGUUACAGCGAUGUCAACACGAGGAGUCGAGAGCCGCUCGAAUCAUCCGCAACACCACGCGACUCUUCAGCUGCUUCAUCAGAGAGCUCGACGGUUUGAGUGCCAAGAACCGCUCGUCUGUGCUUCUGCCCAUCGAAGAGGUUCUCCAGACUCUUAACGACCUGAUCGCGUACUUCAGACUUCCUGACGCCGAGCUGGAGCACGAGAAGAAGCAGAUCAAGCUGCGCUCGCUGAAGAACCGACAGAACCUCUUCAAGCAGGAGGGGAUGCUGUCCCUGGUGUCCAGCUGCAUCGACCGCUUGAGUGUUUAUAACAGCGCGGCUCAUUUCGGAGAGUGUGCGGGUGAAGAGGCCGGAGUCGCGUGGAAGGACAUCCUCAACCUUCUCUACGAGCUUCUGGCCGCUCUGAUCCGCGGGAACCGGAACAACUGCACACAGUUCUCACACAACCUGGACUGGCUCGUCAGCAAACUGGAGCGACUGGAGUCGAGUUCAGGGAUCUUGGAGGUUCUUCACUGUAUUCUGAUCGAAAGUCCAGAGGCUCUGAACAUCAUCCAGAGAGGACACAUCAAAACCAUCAUCUCUCUGCUCUACAAACACGGACGAAACCACAAGAUCCUGGACGUCCUUUGCUCUCUGUGUGUGUGUAACGGAGUCGCUGUCAGAGCCAAUCAGAACCUGAUCUGUGAUCACCUGCUGCCCAGACGAGAUCUGCUGCUGCAGACGCGAUUGGUCAACGACGUCCAGAGCAUGAGGCCCAAUAUCUUCGUGGGAGUCAGCGAAGGCUCCGCCCAGUACAGGAAGUGGUAUUUUGAGCUGAUGAUCGAUCACGUGGAUCACUUCCUGACGGGCGAGCCGUCGCACCUGCGGGUGGGCUGGGCGUCCACUAAAGGCUAUGCUCCCUACCCGGGCGGCGGAGAGGGCUGGGGGGGCAAUGGUGUAGGGGACGAUCUCUACUCCUACGGCUUCGAUGGACUGCACCUGUGGUCAGGUACCACAGCACUGCGCGCCCUACAUGGACAGCUGACUUCUGAGGCAGCACACGGAUGGCUGGUUUCCAGAUGGACGGAACGAUUUGUGACGGGAAACCCUGAUCCGGCUUGUUAA